AUGUCUUCGGAAGAUAAGCAUACCAAUGCUUCGAGUUUCUCGAACGACGCAGAAUCCAUCAAUUCUGACAAAGUCGAACGUUUUGAUCCAGAUUUCCAUCCUGAAGCCAUCACUGAAAACAAUGGUAACAAGAUCUCCAAAUCGUUGUCCAAAAUUUCUUCAAGAUUAUCCAACACUUUCACCAGAGCUAGUGAUGUCGAAGGUCAAACUGAAGAAGCCAUGUUCGCCAACCACUUGCAAAAUGCCAUGUCUAACCCUCAAGGUAUUGAAAAAAUCCAAUCUUUGGCCAGAACUUUGUCUAGAAAGACCAAGAAGGAAAUGCAACAUUUUGAAAUCGAUGAUGAUGAUUUCGACUUGAAAGCUUUGCUUGGGUUCUUGCAAUCCAAGUCAGACGAAGAAAACAUCAUGUCUUCCUCUGCUGGUGUCGCUUUCAAGGAUGUCAUUGCGUGUGGUAAAGAUAUCAACGCUGCCUACGCCCCAACCGUGCAAGAAAUGGUCUACGAUGGUUUCAAGUUUUUCCCAAACUUAUUCAAAAAAGAUACCACUCCACACAGAGAUAUCAUCAAAGACUUUGCCGGGGUUCUUGAAGCUGGUGAAAUGUGUCUUGUCCUCGGUCGCCCGGGUGCUGGUUGUUCUUCAUUCUUGAAGACCUUGACUGGUGAAACCAGUGAAUUCACUUCUUACGGUGGUGACUUCUCCUACGAUGGGUUGUCCCACAAAGAAAUGAUCGACCAUUUCAAGAGUUACAUCAUCUACAACCCUGAACUUGAUGACCAUUUCCCAACCAUCACCGUCAAGGAAACUAUUGACUUUGCCUUGAAGACUAAAACUCCAAACACCAGAAUCGAUGGGAUGACCAGAUCUCAAUACGUCAACAACAUGAGAGAUUUGUGGUGUACCGUUUUCGGUUUGAGACACACUUAUGCUACCAACGUCGGUAACGAUUUCAUCAGAGGUGUUUCCGGUGGUGAACGUAAGAGAGUCUCCAUUGUUGAAGCUUUGUCUUGUAACGCCUCCAUUUAUGCCUGGGAUAAUGCCACCAGAGGUUUGGAUGCGUCCACCGCUUUGGAAUUUUCUCAAGCCAUCAGAACUGCCACUAACAUGUUGAACAACUCCGCCUUUGUUGCCAUUUACCAAGCUGGUGAAAACAUCUUUGAAUUGUUUGAUAAGGUCACCGUGCUUUACUUGGGUAAACAAAUUUACUGGGGUUCUGCUAGCAAGGCCAAGGCUUAUUUCGAAAGAAUGGGUUACCAAUGUCCAUCAAGAAUGACCACUCCAGAAUUCUUGACCGCCGUUACCGAUCCAAACGGUAGAACUCCAAAACCAGGCUUUGAAGGGAAAGUUCCAGAAACUUCUCAAGAAUUCGAAGACUAUUGGUUGAACUCUCCUGAAUACCAAGAAUUACUCCUUGAAUACGAUAACUAUGUCUCCCAACAUGGUCAUGAUGAAAACUUGCACCGUUUCCAAGUUGCCGACUCUCAAAGAAAGCAACAAAUCCAACGUAAAGUGUCUCCUUUUGCCGUUUCUUACUUUCAUCAACUUUACUACUUGAUGGUUAGAGGUUUCCACAGAGCCAGAGGUGAUUUGACUUAUAUCGCUAUUUACAUUUCUUCUUUUAUGGUCAAAGGGUUGAUCGUCGGUUCCAUGUAUUAUAAGAUUCCAACUGAUACUUCUGGUGCUUAUUCUCGUGGUGGUAUUCUUUUCUAUUGUCUUUUGUUUUGUGCUUUAACCUCCUUGGCUGAAAUCGCUAGAUCGUUUGCCAACAGAAAAAUCACUUUGAAGCAAAAAUCUUACUCCAUGUACCACAUUUCUGCCGAAGCUUUGCAAGAAAUCAUCACCGAAAUGCCUGUCAAGAUUGUUGCCGUGGUUAUUUUGGCCUUGACUACCUACUGGAUGCCUCACUUGAAACACGAAGCCGGUGCUUUCUUCAUGUACAUGCUUUUCUUGUUUUUGGUUAACCAAGUGUUCUCUUUCACAUUCAAAUUGAUUGCUACCUUGACCUACGAUGGUGAAACUGCUCACGCCUUUGGUGGUUUGUGGGUUCUUAUGUUGUCCGUUUAUGCUGGUUUCAUCAUGAAGAUGCCUUACGCUAAGCAUGUCCUCAAGUGGAUCCAUUGGUUGAACCCUAUGUACUAUUGUUACGAACAACUUAUCACCACCGAAUUCCACGGUAGAAUGAUGAAGUGUGCUGAAAUGGUUCCAAACGGUCCAUCUUAUAAUGCUGUUAACAUUGCUCACAAGGUCUGUUCUUUGUACGGUUCUAUUGCUGGUAAUGAAUACAUCAGUGGUGAUGCUUACGUUAAGAAACAAUACCAUAUGGAAUACAAACACACCUGGAGAAACUUUGGUAUCAACAUUGCUUGGACUGCUGGUUUCAUUAUUCUUAACACCGUGCUUUCCGAGUACUUGAAGAACAUUGUUGGUGGUGGUGAUAUGUUGUUAUACAAGAGAGGCCAUCUUCCACAAGGGGAUCAAGAAAACGUCGAUGGUAGAGUUGCCACUAAAGACGAGAUGAUUGUUGCCCUUAACGGUGAAGGUGUUGACUUGGAGAAAGCUAUUGCUGAAAAGGACGUUUUCUCGUGGCAAAACUUGGAUUACACCAUUCCUUAUGACGGUGCUACCAGACAAUUGUUGGAUAACAUUCAAGGUUACGUUAAGCCUGGUACUAUGACUGCUUUAAUGGGUGAAUCAGGUGCUGGUAAGACUACUUUGUUGAAUACUUUGGCUCAAAGAAUCAAUUUUGGUGUGAUCACUGGUGAUAUGUUAGUUAACGGUAAACCAAUCGAUUCAUCUUUCAAAAGAAGAACUGGUUACGUCCAACAACAAGAUUUGCAUUUGGCCGAAUGUUCUGUUAGAGAAUCCUUGAGAUUUGCUGCUGACUUGCGUCGUGGUAAAGAUGUUCCUCAAAAAGAAAAGUAUGACUAUGUUGAAAAGAUUAUUACCUUGUUGGGUAUGGAAAACUAUGCUGAAGCCAUUGUCGGUAAGAUCGGUAGAGGUCUUAAUGUUGAACAAAGAAAGAAGUUGUCUAUUGCCGUUGAAUUGGUCUCCAAGCCAUCUUUGUUGCUUUUCCUUGAUGAACCUACUUCUGGUUUGGACUCCCAAUCUGCUUGGUCUAUUGUUCAAUUCUUGAGAGCUUUGGCUGAUUCUGGUCAAGCUAUCUUGUGUACCAUCCAUCAACCUUCCGCUACUUUGUUCGAAGUCUUUGACAGAUUAUUGCUUUUGAAGAAAGGUGGUAAGACUGUUUACUUUGGUGAUAUUGGUCCAAACUCUGAAGAUUUGUUAAGAUACUUCGAAAGACAAUCUGGUGUCCAAUGUGGUAAGCAAGAGAACCCUGCUGAAUAUAUUUUGAACUGUAUUGGUGCUGGUGCUACUGCUGCUUGUCAAGAUGACUGGCAUGACCUUUGGAUCAACUCUCCUGAAUAUAAGGCGGUUACUGAAGAAAUUGCCAUCCUUCAUCGUGAAUUACCUCUCAGACCUGUUGCUGAAAAUGCCGAUAAUUUGAAAUCCAAAUUUGCUACUUCAUGGGAUCGUCAAUUGUGGACCGUUACUAAGAGAACUUGGAUUCAAUUCUGGAGAUCACCAAUUUACAUUAGAGCUAAGUUCUUGGAAUGUAUUGUUUGUGCUUUGUUUGUUGGUAUUUCUUAUAUCGGUUUCAACCAUUCUGUUUCUGCUGGUAACAACUCUUUCUCGUCUGUGUUCAUGACUUUGUUGAUUGCCUUGGCUAUGAUCAAUCAAUCCCAUGUGUUUGCUUAUCCAUCCAGAGAAUUGUACGAAGUUCGUGAAGCUGCUUCCAAUACUUUCCACUGGUCCUGUUUGUUGUUGGCCCACACUUUCCUUGAAAUUUUCUGGUCUACUGUUUGUCAGUUCAUGUGUUGGGUUUGCUUCUACUGGCCAACCGUCCAAGGUAAUGGUUCUGUCGAAAGAAAUGGUUACUUCUUCUUUAUGUAUGUUCUCAUCUUCCCAAUGUACUUUAUGUCCUAUGGUUUGUGGAUUCUUUACCUUUCUCCAAAUGUUCCUUCUGCCUCCAUGAUCAACUCCAUGAUUUUCGCUGCUCUUAUGUUGUUCUGUGGUAUCUUGCAACCAGAACAAUACAUGCCAGGUUUCUGGACUUUCAUGUACAAAACCUCCCCAUUCACUUACUUCGUCGACUCUUUUGUUUCCCCUCUUAUUCAUGGCAGAUCGGUUCGUUGUACCAAGGAUGAAUACUUGACUUUCCCACCUCCAUCCGGUCAAACUUGUGAAACCUAUAUGACCGAUUACAUGAACAACGCCACUUUCAGAGGUUAUCUUGAAGAUCCAAGUGCUACUGAUAUGUGUAACUAUUGUCCAUACAACACCCAGGAUGAAGUUGUUUCCCAAUUCCAUGUUAGCUGGCACCACAGAUGGAGAAACUUCGGGUUCUUCUGGUGUUACAUUAUCUUCAACUUUGUUGCUAUGUUGCUUUGUUACUACAUCAUGAGAGUCAAGGUUUGGAGUCUUAAAUCCGUUCUUGAUUUCAAGAAAUGGUUCCACGGACCUCACAAAGAUAGACACGAAAAAGAUACCACUAUCUUCCAAGCCCAACCUGGUGAUGAUAAGAUUCUCAAAGCCAAAAAGCAGGAGUAA